UCCUUUGUCAAUCGGGUAUUUAUUGGCAUUUUAACAAAUUAAUGGAUAAAGAUAUUAACGAAUUAAGUAAAGCCAUGAUCAAAAAGGCCGAAAAUAUUAUACAACUUGGGGUAGAGAAAAAGUACAUUACAGACAUUCCAGAAGCAGAGGAUGCAAAACUAAUCUGCGUUUUACAAGUUAUUUCAAAGUUUUUUACUGAAAGUUUAAAUUUGUUGUAUGCGCAGAUACCUGAGAACGACGACACCUACGGAAUUUUACCCAAGAAUCAUAACAGUGCUCCGUGGAUUGCUGCAGUGGGAAGCGAAACUCAAAGCAAUAUGAAAUACCACGUAAUUGUGGAAAACCAAAAAAUUAAUAAUGGAACAGAUACACUGACGCAUGCCAUACAGCAAAUGUUCGCAAUAUAUUAUAAUUUUAAUCUCGCUUAUCAAUCAAAAUUAAAUAUUUAA